GUCUGCACAGUAAGUUCACAGCCCGAAUCGGCUCCCGUUGCGGCGGGAUCCAGCUCCGGAGCUUUUGCCACCCGUGGGUCCGCUGCCUGCGCAGUAAAGCUCCUCAGCCCCGGACAGGGGGACACUCGCAAGGACAAGACCAGGGAGCAUUGCUGCCUACAAGAUCGCCACCUUUCUGCUGCCAAUUUCAGGAGUUUUCAACCCUUUUGGGAGAAAGUGGUUUUUGUUAUCUCAACCUCUGACUUCAUCAGUCAUUAAUCUUUUUUUUUUCUAAUUCCUUGGGCCAACUUUGAUCACACCCCGUACCCUACUCUUAGCCCUUUGACAAGGUUUUGGUGUCUGAAAACCACCCUCUGGGUGUUUCUGGUUCCGUGGUGACAAAGGCAGCAGGAGGCUGUGGUCUCGGCGAGUGGACCGUCUCUAGCCUCAGCAGCCAGGCCUGGGUGGUGAGGUCACUAUGUCCACCAAGGCGCCCAUCUAUCUGAAGCGUGGCAGCCGCAAGGGCAAGAAGGAGAAGCUUCGGGACCUGCUGUCCUCAGACAUGAUCAGCCCACCGUUGGGGGACUUCCGCCAUACCAUUCAUAUCGGCAGUGGCGGCGGCAGUGACAUGUUCGGUGACAUCUCCUUCCUGCAGGGCAAGUUCCACCUUCUUCCAGGGACGGCAGUCGAGGGACCUGAGGAGGAUGGCACCUUUAACCUCCCCUUUCAGUUCACCCGAACCACCACGCUGUGUGGGCGGGAGCUCCCCGAAGGGCCGUCCCCUCUGCUCAAGAACGCCAUCUCCCUCCCAGUCAUCGGCGGGCCCCAGGCCCUCACCCUGCCCACAACCCAGGCCCCACCCAAACCCCCUCGCUUGCACCUUGAGACCCCUCAGCCCUCCCCACAGCCUUCCCCGCAGGAGGCAGGGAGUGUGGACAUCUGGAGAAUUCCAGAGGCUGGCUCAGCCCAAAAUGGGCUGACCCCUGAGUCAGGGGCUGAGGAGCCCUUCCUGUCCCACGCCAGCUCCCUGCUCUCCCUGCACGUGGACCUGGGGCCUUCCAUCCUGGACGACGUGCUCCAGAUCAUGGACCAGGACCUGGGCCACAUGCAGAUCCCCACAUAGGACCCAAGGCGAGCCAGGCUGGAUGCCCAGGCUGGAGUGAAUGUGGGGAAGCAGGGGUGGACAUGGCCCUGGCCUAGAAGACCGGAUCCCAAGUCCUGCUUGUGUGGUCUCUGGCCAGAGAUUCUUCACUUUGAGCCUUUGUUUUCCUCCCUCCCACCCUCUCCCAGUGGACAAGGGCCCUGAGUAUGUUGGGCCACCUGGGCCCCACUGCAACUGCCCCUCCUUCCCUCAGACCCUUCGGGUGAAGGCUCCGCUGAAAUGGACUCCCUUUCCACCUUCCUUCUGCCUCAGCCCCCUCGGAUGCCCUGACUGGGGGGCAGGGAAGAGGCAGAGCAGAGCCAGCCAGACCUUUGGUGUCAUGUCCUGGACUGGGAGCAUGGCAUCAGUGACUGGAUGUCC